AUGAGACAGGCCAUCUUCUCCACCGCCAACGACGCCAGCGAGUACCUUGCCGAACACAUCAUCGCCAGAAUCGCCGAGUUCGCCCCGACGCCGCAAAAGCCAUUUGUCCUUGGGUUGCCCACGGGGUCGCUGCCCGAAGGCGUGUACGCUCGCCUUGUCCAAGCGUACAAGGAAGGGCGAGUGUCGUUUCAGAAUGUCGUCACGUUCAACAUGGACGAGUACCUUGGCCUCAAGCCGCUGGACCCGAUGCUGUACCAUUACUUUAUGUUUGACAAGUUGUUCAACCAUGUCGACAUCAAACGGGAGAACAUCAACAUCUUAAACGGUCUCUGUGACGAUGUCGACGCCGAGUGUCGUCGCUACGAGGCCAAGAUCAAGAGCUACGGUCGUAUCCACUUGUUUAUGGGGGGUCUAGGCCCCGAAGGUCACUUGGCGUUUAACGAAGCAGGGCUGGCCCGCGACUCCAGAACCCGCCGGGUGGGGCUCGUCGACCUGACCAUCAAGGCCAACGCCCGUUUCUGGGGCGGCGAUGAGCUGAAAGUGCCGCGGGCGGCGUUGUCGGUGGGCAUCGCCACCAUCUUGGACAAUUCCGAUGAGGUGGUGAUUAUUGUUAUGGGCGAAGGGAAACAGUACGCUUAUGCCAAGACGGUUUAUGGGCCUAAAAAUGACCCGAAAGUGCCGUCGCUGUAUUUGCAAGACCACGAUAACGUGUUGAUCGUGAGUGAUCUCGCCGCCGCCGGCGUCAAGGCGAAGUUGUGA